AUGGAUCCCGAGGCGGCUGGGGACGAACUGUCCCGCCUGCGCGCCCUCUUCCUGGCGUGCGACGCCAGCGGCUCGGGCCGCAUCGAGCGGGAGGACUUCGCUGCUCUCUGCGCCGAGCUGCGGGUGCAGCCGGCCGAGGCCGAGGCCAUCUUCCAGCGCCUCGACAGCGACCGCGACGGGGCCAUCACUUUCCCGGAGUUCGCCCGUGGCUUCCGCGGCGCCACGCGGCCGCAGCCCGCUGGCAGCGAGCCGGGGGGCGAGGACAUGGAGGAGGAAGAGGCGUCAGCGGUUUGGGUCGCCGCGGGGCUGGAACAACCCUGGAAGGACUUCGAGGUGCGGCUCGGGGACGAGGCGAGGUACAUCCCCAGACAAGAGCAGGUCAGUGUUCUGUAUCAGAACAUACACAUAGCAGAACCAAGAUUAAUCCAGCCAUAUGAGCAUGUCAUUAAGAACUUCAUCCAAGAGAUCAAACUUCAAAGCACAGAGAUGGAAACUCUGGCCAUAGCGGUAAAAAGGGCUCAGGACAAAGCAGCAGUUCAACUCAGUGAAUUAGAGGAAGAAAUGGAACUACGGAUACAGGCUGCAGAGCAUAAAGUUAAAAAGGAAGAGAAGCAAAAGGCUGAAGAAGCACUAAAUGAGCUGAAGCGCCAGUAUGACACUGAAGUUGGGGAUCUUCAGGUGACAAUAAAAAGACUUAAAAAGCUGGAGGAGCAAUCCAAGUCUGUCAAUCACAGGGAAGAUGUAGUUGAACUGAAAAAAAGGAUACAUGAUAUGUUGCUGGAAAAUCAGAGACUUAGGAAAGAUCUCUUAGAAGCGCAGACAAAUAUAGCUUUCUUGCAGAGUGAAUUAGAUACCUUGAAAAGCGAGUAUGCAGAUCAGUCUUUGAACACUGAGAGGGAUCUAGAAAUUAUUCGAGAGUAUACUGAAGACAGAGAUAAUCUUGAAAGACAAAUUGAAAUACUUCAAUCAGCUAAUAGAAAAUUACAUGACAGCAACGAUGGUUUAAGAAGUGCACUUGAAAACAGUUUCAGCAAGUACAACAGAUCAUUGCGGUUGGCAAAUACCUCACCAGGAAGUACCAUUUCUAGAAGCAGUCCUAAAUUUAAUGGUGAACAUUCUCCUUUAAAUCCACGGUAUGACAGGUCGUCUCAUUCUUCUUGUGUCGAUGAAGAUUAUGAUGCUUUAGCCCUUUGUGACCCGAUGCAAAGGAUAAACUGUGAAGUUGACAGCUUACCUGAGAGCUGUUUUGACAGUGGUUUGUCUACCCUGAGAGAUUCAAAUGAGUAUGAUUCAGAAGUGGAAUAUAGGCAUCAAAGGAUUUUUCAAAGGUCACAGUGUAUGCAAGAAGUCUUUGGUGGUGAUGCUUCUGAUACAGAUGUUCCAGAGAUCAGAGAUGAAGAAGCAUACAGUCCUGCUAACAGCACUGCAGUUUUAGACUGGAAGCCCUCGCGACCAGUGAGUCGAAGCAGCUCAGUUGCUUCAACGAGGAAAUACAUAUCUGCUCUCGCCCCUCAGUCAGAUGCAGCUGAAUGCACUCCAAAAUACCCCAGUACAGAGAAGGCUUACAAAAUUGUUCUUGCUGGAGAUGCAGCAGUGGGAAAAUCCAGUUUUCUUAUGAGACUUUGCAAGAAUGAAUUUCAAGGCAAUACCAGUGCAACUCUAGGUGUGGAUUUUCAAAUGAAAAGACUAAUUGUUGAUGGAGAACCUACAGUGUUACAGCUGUGGGAUACGGCUGGGCAGGAAAGAUUUCGAAGUAUUGCUAAAUCAUACUUCAGAAGAGCAGAUGGUGUCUUACUGCUAUAUGAUGUAACAUGUGAAAAAAGCUUUAUUAAUGUGAGAGAAUGGGUGGAUAUGAUUGAGGAUGCAACUCAUGAGAAUAUUCCAAUUAUGAUGGUCGGAAACAAAGCAGAUCUCCGUCAAGAUAUUACAGAACAAGGGCAAAAGUGUGUGCCUAUAAACUAUGGAGAAAAGCUGGCUAUGACUUACAAUGCACUAUUCUGUGAAACAAGUGCUAAAGAUGGAUCUAAUAUUGUAGAAGCAGUUCUUCAUCUUGCUCGUGAGGUGCGAAAACGAAGUGAUAAUCAAGAUGAUACAAGAUCAGUAACCAGCCUGGCUGGGACACCUGUCAAAAAGUCAGCACUCACAAAAAACUGUUGUAAUGUUUAA